GCUUUCUAGGUUUGGCAUUCUUGAGCCACAUAUCUUCUUCCAAGCCCUAAGCUGAACUUCCAGGAUAGAAGGGUGAAAGCCAUGGAGCAGAAUCUCUCACAUGAUUAUAAGUGUCUGGUGAAAGGGUUGAACACCUGGGAGCUACCAAGUGACCUCAUCCCUUCUGAACUCCUGAUUAUUAGUGAAGCUUCCUUCCCAGUGCUGGUGAAUAAAAAUUAUCAGGUCCUCAUUGCUGCUUCCCACUAUGGUCAGGGCCGCAUAGUGGUCCUGUCACAUGAAGGCUACCUGCACGAUGCCAAAAUGGCUCCCUUUCUCCAUAAUGCUGUGAAAUGGCUUGGCCACUGUGAAGGAUAUACUGUUGGGGUGCACAAAUCUGUAAAAUGUCUAGCUAGUAUACUCAGCAACACUGGCAUUGAUGUGCAGAAUGUUGACCACUUUCAGGACUCGGUGAAGGUUUUCUGCAUUGAUGCCCUUGACAGCACCUAUGCCAAACAUCUGAUUCAAUUUGUGAAGAAUGGUGGGGGAUUGCUCAUUGGAGGCCAUGCUUGGCAAUGGGCAAAAGAACAUGGUCACAAGGUUCUAGGCGGCUUCCCUGGGAACCAUGUGACUAGUGUGGCUGGUAUAUACUUCACUGAAACCCAAGCAGACACCAGUUCUCUUAAGUUCUAUCCGAAGAUACCUAAGAUUCCUAUCAUGGUCAAGUUUGGGAAGGAGAUCUUCCAAGACCAGCACCAGCUCCUGGAUGGAAUCACAAAGCUGGACCUCUCAGAGUGUGGGAUUCUCUCUCAAUUGUUGGUGCAUGGUCCUUUGGCUUUCCCUAUUGGACUUCAUCCCAACUUUGCCUGUGCAGUGGCAGGCGCCCGCUAUGGCCGAGGUCGAGUGAUAGUUCUUUCACAGGAGGGCUUGCUCUUCUCUUCUAAAUUGUGCCUUUUUUUGAUCAAUGCCGUUCGCUGGCUGAAAGGAGACCAAACAGGCAGAAUUGGAGUGACCCCUGAAUGUGAAAACUUAUUUCACAAGCUCAUUGAUAAUGGCAUGAAUUGUAGUUUAGAAAGCAACCUGACUGCUGACAUGAGCGUUUACUGCUGCAUUGCCUAUAAUGACAGUAAGGCAAAGCAAAUUCUGGAGUUUGUGGCAGAAGGAGGAGGGUUACUGAUUGGAGGCCAAGCCUGGGCAUGGUCCCAGCAGAACCCAACCAAGUCUGUUUUGACUGGUUUUGCUGGCAACCACAUCCUCAAUCCCUUUGGCAUAUCUAUUCUUAGUCAGUGUGUAAAGAAGGGCCUACUAUUUGAUUGCCCUGGGCCUGGGCAAAGGAGCUAUCACUUCCGCUUAGCUAUGGCCAACUUCUUUGAGGAGUUGAAAAAUAAGAGUGGAAAAUUCCUGAGGCAUUGGCAAGGGAAGCUCAUCAAGGAUUAUUCAGCCUUCCUGUGGAUAUCUAUGGGAGAAACCCCCAUCUAUGACUCUGUACACCGAAUGUUAAAGAAGGUGAUAAAAAAAACUAAGCUCCCCGUUGUUGACAGCCACCAACCUUUCUUCAAAUACUUCUGUAAAAGCAUUCUGCUCUGCAUGGCCUCUGAACUGGCCUAUGCCAGGACAGAUUUUGCUUCAGAAAUCUACAGAUCAAGGCACACAACUUCCAUCCUUCAUUCAUACUCAUCAGCAGCUUCUAUCAACAUGGGGAUGAAUCUCACUAGUCACAGUGGUGAUAUUUGGAAAAGCACUGGACUCUACCUCCCUGAAGGCUGCACUCUAAAUAUAAAAAUACCACAUUCUGCUUGCUUCUCUAAGUUAAAGGUACAAAUUGGCUGCCACAGUGAUGACUUGAGUAUGUAUAAUAAGACAGUCAGAGCACCUGUGGUUGUUUACCAACGAUACUUGGAUAAACCAUAUAACUCAAUCUCCAGCCUCUGGGGUGGCCUUGUCUAUAUCAUUGUGCCCCAUGGCUGUUCCUUGGGAAAUACAUCUGUCACUUUCACUGGAGCUGUACCUGCCCCUUACUUCAUACUUGGAAAGACAUCUGUGGAGGAGUGGAAGAAUUCUAUCCGCCACCAUGCAGUGCCAUGGGGGGAGCUGCAGGCAGAGAACAUUGUCUUGACAGUGCCAGCUGAAAAGUUACAACAUCUAGAGAAUCCUGAGCCAGUGCUCCACCUCUGGAAUGAGAUGACACAAGCCAUAGCCAAACUUGGAGGCAGGACCAGCCCCUUUCCUCGACGUGAGAGAAUUGUGACUGAUGUGCAAAUCUCAACAGGUUGGAUGCAUUCAGGGUACCCUAUCAUGGGCCACCUGGAUGUUGUGGAUUGCCUGCUCUCUGAAGACAAUAUAAGGAAAAAUGGCCUGUGGGGCCCCAUCCAAGAGCUAGGACAUAACCAACAAUGUAAUACCUGGGAGUUCCCCAACCAUACCACUAAUGCCACCUGCAACCUCUGGCCUGUCUAUGUGCAUGAGACAGUUUUGGACAUCUCCCGGAAUGUUGCACACCCUGCAUUGAGGCCUAAAGAACGGCAAGAGAGAAUAGAAGAAUAUCUGAAAAAUGGGGCUUCCUUGUCAAAGUGGUAUGGUUGGACAGCCCUGGAGACAUAUCUGCAGUUACAGGAAGCUUUUGGCUGGGAGUCUUUCAUCCAAGUCUUCAAAAAGUACCAACAACUGUCUGAAUUGCCUGGAGACAAUGACAGCAAAAUGAAUGUGUGGGUGAUGAAAUUCUCUGAGCAGGUGCAGAAGAAUCUGGUUCCUUUCUUUAAGGCCUGGGGCUGGCCUGUUCAGAAGGAAGUGGCUACUGCCAUUGCCCACCUGCCUGAGUGGAAGGAGAACCCCAUGAAAAUGUAUUGCCAUGAGAAUUAAGGAAUGGCCUGUAAGCCUGGGAUGUGCUAUAAACAGAUACUCCAAAAGCUUCAGUUUUUAAUUCUUUGCCUUUGACCCUUUAGUCCUUUGUGAAACCAAAUUGUUAUAGUGAACAAGGACAUUUUCUUCCCUUAUUUUCCCACAGAUAACAGUUCAAGACAUAGCCCAAAAAUGGUACUAAGAUUUUUCUCCAUGGAGAUAUUUGGGUGGCUUUCAUGGAUUGGCCACCAAAUUCCUUUCUGAUAGAGAGUCUGGGUACUCUAUAACUAAGUAAAAAGCUUGGUUAUGAUUGAGGGCCACCAGCUUUUUUUCACUGGAGGAGAUGAUUUUCAGAGAUAUGAGCAUUCAGUCCGGACUUUUCUUUUUGACGAGACAUCCUAAGAGUUCUGGUUAGGGUACUAAACUGAGAUGCAAAUUUAGUGUAAAAGAAGAACUUUGGGGCAAGUAGAUGGCAC